CCGGCUCUUUGUGCCAGAGUACACAGCACUGGGGAAGACGUCAGGAACUAUAUCUUACAUUUCAGCUUUUAAUCCACAAUGGGGGCUUGUUUGGCCUUGUGUUCGUUAGCUAGCUGUGCCUCCUGUCUGUGUGGCUCAGCACCAUGUCUUUUGUGUGGCUGCUGUCCCUCCUCCAAUAACUCAACGGUCACACGGCUGGUGUUCUCUUUCUUUCUACUGCUGGGAACCAUGGUGUCCGUCAUCAUGAUCCUUCCUGGAAUGGAAACACAGCUUCGCAAAAUCCCAGGAUUUUGCCAGGGAGGAACAACCAUACCUGGAAUUGACAACCACGUUAACUGUGAUGUCAUUGUGGGCUACAAGUCUGUAUACCGUAUGUGCUUUGCCAUGGCAUGCUUCUUCUUUUUCUUCUCUGCCAUAAUGAUUCGCGUCCGUAACAGCAAAGACCCACGUGCAGCUAUUCAAAAUGGGUUCUGGUUCUUUAAAUUUCUGAUUCUCGUUGGGAUUACAGUGGGAGCCUUUUUCAUCCCUGAUGGAACAUUUCAUACUGUGUGGUUUUACUUUGGAUUGGUGGGAUCUUUCAGCUUCAUUCUAAUUCAGCUUAUCCUCCUCAUCGACUUUGCACACUCCUGGAACAAGAUCUGGGUAGAAAAUGCUGAGGAAACUGGCAACAAAUGCUGGUUUGCAGGACUGCUGUCUUUCACUGUCCUCCACUAUGCGCUGGCUUUCACUGCUGUGGUUCUUUUCUACGUUUACUACACACAGACGGACGACUGCACAGAGCACAAAGUCUUCAUCAGCCUCAACCUUAUCUUCUGCAUCAUCAUCUCCAUUGUCUCCAUACUACCAAAGAUACAGGAUGUACAGCCUCACUCUGGUCUGCUCCAGGCUUCGCUCAUCUCUCUUUACACCAUGUACGUCACCUGGUCUGCAAUGACCAACAAUCCAAAUCGCAAGUGCAACCCCAGCUUGUUGAGUCUGGUCUCAAAUGUCAGUACCACUGUAACAUCUGGUGACAGCCCUCCAGGACCGGUGCAGUGGUGGGAUGCUCAGGGCAUUGUUGGUUUGAUCAUCUUCCUCUUCUGCACCCUCUAUGCCAGCAUCCGCUCGUCCAGCAAUGCCCAGGUGAACAAGCUGAUGCAGACAGAGGAGGGCAGAGGGUCAGGCGGAGAGGGCGUGGUCGGAGAGGACGGCAUACGCAGGGCUGUUGACAAUGAGGAGGAAGCAGUCAGUUACAGCUACUCCUUUUUCCACUUUCACCUCUGUUUGGCCUCCUUAUACAUCAUGAUGACUCUUACAAACUGGUACCAACCAGACACCACCAUGCAGUCAAUGCAGAGCAGUAUGCCAGCCGUGUGGGUGAAGAUGAGCUCCAGCUGGCUGGGUCUCGGACUCUACCUGUGGACCCUCAUCGCACCUGUUAUCUUCCCUGACAGGGAUUUUAGCUGAGCAUGCCAUGGCUUCAGAUUGCAUGGGGCUUUUUCUUUGGAGGUGGUGGGGGUUACCUUGUGGAUUGUGUAUUUGUUAAUUUGAAGGAUACUAAAAAAGGAUCUGGGAAGGAUAUUUUUGAGACUUAAUUUCUUUUUGUUGCUUAAAAAUUAUUGCCAGUCCUAUUGUUGUGUUUGUGUUGUUUUACUGCUCUAUGCUGGGUUAUUCCGUACAAUAAUAAUUACCUGAGUUCCGAAGGUAAACUGAUUAUAUUUAGUCAUUUUUGUAAUUAAAAUUACAGCCAUAAGGAGUUGUUUUAUCUGACAAUUUACUUAAAUUGAUAGGAUGCCCUUCCACCUUAUGUGCUUUUAUGAGUUUUAUCUUUGUGCUGAAUUUUAGCUAUUGGACUGCCACGAAAACUCCACAUCAAGGCACUUUUACGGUACUUCAGAAGUUUUAUUUUCAGAUUUCCUUUUAAAGGCCAUUCUUAUCAGACCUCACUGAUUGGCCGUGUCUGGACUCCUCUGCUGUAUGGGGGCAACGAGGGAAGCCCUGCUUAGGAGCCUCAGAGUGAGGUGAGUGCAAGAGCUAGAUAAGACUUGCAAGGCACGCCCUACAGAUCAUAACAAGGUUUCCCUGGUGCUGCUAGCUUGUAUGCAUUACCACCUUUAGCCAGAGUCCUCACUUAAAGCCAGUCUAAUCUCAGCUCUUCCUUGUCUGCUUCAGUUUAAGACAAUUUAUACCCGGUGCUAUGCUUUUCCAUGUCAGUCUGUGUUCAGCAUUGGACAGCCACGGGCAACUAUCUUUACCUUUAUAGCAGUGUGUUUGCAGCAGAAGGACUUGUAUUGAUCCACAGCAUUUUGUAGUGUCUAGCUGUACAGAUCCAGGCCGAUAGUAUGAACACCUCACCACCUGUGUUCUCAAUAAAUGCCAUUAUUUCCAGAGGUUUGUCAAGUUAUUGAAGCAACAUAAAGGAUUUGUUGUUUACAUUUUGGACUGUACAAAAGAACAAUCAUGCAUUUCAGAAAUGAUAAAUUGCUGUUAAUGUGUUGACUUUCAUGGAAAUUUGAUGGUUGUGGUAACAGUACUUAUGCAUUAUAUAGAAGUUACCUCAAUUUUGAUAAGACUGGAAUGAGAAUAAGUUCAGUAUAUUUUGCACAUUUCACAAGACAGUUUUUGCUACAAUCCUGAGAAUGUUGUCUUUUUUCACCUUAUUUUUUUUAGACAGCAGGUAAUAAUCAAAUAUCCUGUUGCUAUGGCUACAUAUGAAUAUUGUCAGUGAAGUUUUUCAAAGUGUUGUGAUGAAUUGAAACCCUUGUUUGUUUGUUUGUUUGUUUGUUUUAACCGUUGCGCAUUUUAUUCUUGUAAUGGUUUUUAUUUGGACAGAAUAUCCAUGGUUAAAUCAUAAUUAUUUUUAUUUCACAAUACUAUUAAGUGCCUUUGUGUAGUCCUGCAUUUCAGAAAGAAUGUGUCACUAAUGCAGAUGUCCUUAUUUGCCUUGCUUUACAUCAUGGUGAGUCAGUCAUUGCAUGUCUUAAGGUAUUGGUCUUUGACAUGAAUUAAUACAGUAAUGUAUAAACACUUCUUUUUAAUAAAUGGUGGGGAGUUUGUCUUACUUUUUCUUUAUGGAGCGUCAACAUGGCGUGUAAAAACAAAUGUGUGAAUAAAAAGAUGAAGCAUA